AUGGAUGAUGAAGCUAGCCACUUGAGUCAAACAGGAACCAAGAUCUCCACCACGGAAACCCGAGCUCCCGAGCCGGAGCCGGGGGCUCUCCCUCCAGCAGAUGGCUCCAGCCCGGGGUCUCCAGUCGCUUCCAGGCCUCUAGGGGAGACUCGGGCCUCCCAGAUCCUCUCCCCGGAGCUCGCCGCUCCCCCAGCCCGGCUUCGCGCGGGCGCCCAGAGCCCCGCCGCCCCGCCUGCACCCGGCAGGCCCGUCACCUGGCAACAGUCGCCAGCCCCGGGGACCUUGGGAGGCCUACCCCAGGCGCGGGUCCUUCCCCAUUCCUUUUCGCUGCUUGAGGAGCCCAAGCGAGAGCGCUGCCGGGGCGGGGCCGGGGCGUCUUCGGCCUCCGCCUCCCGAGAACGGGGUGGGGGCGGGGUUACGGGCCGGGGGAGGAGCCCGGCGGACGAGUUUAUGGCGGUUCUUUUGACUCCGUGGUUCCGUAGCCUUGGCAGCCAGAUCCAGUUUCCCGGCCCAGGGCGGAGUGUGUCAAGUUUCUUGAGCCCUAGAGAUGUUUUCUGCCGGAAAAGGAGGACAGGAUGCUCUGGUCCUUUUCAAGCUACUCAGCUAUGGGAUGGUAUUAUUCACUCCCUUCAGACUCAAGUGGUAAUAAAAAGAAGGAGGCAUCAUUUACGAACAUACAGAGACUGUUUUACUGGUUCUGAUGCUGUUGAUGUAGUACUAAGUCAUCUUAUGCAAAAUACGUGCCUGAGCAGUAAUGAUAUCUCUCGUCUUAAAGGAGUUCGUCUUUGUCAACUUCUAAUGAACCAUAAAGUAUUUGAACCAGUAGAAAUGAAGCUAUUCAAAAAUGAAAAGGAAUUGGAAUUUGAGGAUUCAAACAAUAGUCUCUACAGGUUUCUAGGGAAUAAAUCAUCUUAUGUUUUUUGCAAAAGAAAAAAGGAUUCUGAGACUGGGUUAAAUGAUGAAAUAAAAGCAAAGGAAUCUUUAAGACCAGAAGGCAAAGUGAUUUCAAAUCCUCUAGCACAAGAGAUUGGUGAGGAAAGAAUUGAGGAACUUAUUGAUACAAUGAGUGGGACUCUGGCUUUACCUCCAAACAUCACAGUUGACAAACCUGUUCUUCCACUUUCAAAAGAAGAUGUUUGGAAACAACAAACAUUGCUACGUAUUCUUCAACUGAUUCACAUUCCAUUCUUAGAAAAUAUUUUGGAGCCUCCAGUUAAAACACAAAAUCUCCAAUUAAGUAAAGAGGAAGAUCUUGUUAUCUCAAACACUUGCCUCGACAGAGAGGUUAUUCCAAGCUUAUGUCUACUUGAGAUUGAUAACUGGCUUAAUUCAGCAAUUGAAUGCUUGGAAUAUUUCCCUGACCAGUUAAUAGUUACUGUCAGCGAGCUGUUAGUUCAAAACAGAAAUGAAGAGACAAGAUUGAAUACACAGAAGAAGUUACUCUUUGAUGUCAUAGUAAAAUAUUAUAAUCAAGAGAGAGAUUGCUUAUUAACUGAUGAGUAUUUUGAUAUUCAUUCAGGAAUUAUUGAACUUUUAGAAAAUGAGAAAAGGACAGAAGCACUUGAAGCAACACAACUAUAUCUAAGAUUGUUGUUGCCCAACGUUAGAGAAGAAUUACGACGGCUACUCACUUUUAUGGCAACUGCAUCAGAACCCGAUGCCUACAAAUUACAAAAACAGACACUGGUUACUUUAUUGGAUCUGGUUAGUAAGAAACUUAAGAAGCUUCUACAUGGAGAAGAUACAGAUGCUAUAUCAGGAAAUGACAAAGUUUUUAUAGAGAAGGAGCUUAAACACUUCCCCCUACCCGGUUGA